CAUUUAAACAACGUCACUUCCGUUCUCCACUGACAGCCCACCAGCGAAAAGAAAAACACAAACAUAACAUAGCGAGUGUCUUCCGUGGGGCUCACGCAGGGGAAUGUGAUCAGAUGCGCCGUUGAAAAGCAGCUUUGCUUUUUGCUCUGCACACAUCAAAGGGCUGAGAGAAUGGACCAGUCCUGUGAUGAAGAGGUGGCUCGCACCUUCGUGCAGGUCAUCAGCGACAAGUACAACACGGAGAACUUCCCGUACGGCCAAGGCCAGGGUGCCGUGGUGCUGCCUUCCCCGCCUGGUUCGCCCACCAAAGGUCACCUAUUCUUGCCCAAUGUGCUGGUUCUGAACGACUGCGGGAUCAAAAAAGCGGGCGACAGGUCCGACAUUGCUGCUUUCUGUGCCCAUGUGGUGGAGCUGGACCUGUCCUACAAUGAAAUCCACGACUGGGCCGAGAUCUGCGCCAUUGUUUCCAACGUCCCCCACCUGGACUUCCUCAACCUGAGCAUGAACCCGCUGAGCGGCGCCGCGCUGGAGCCGCCCAUGGCCGAAGUGUUUGCUCGGGUGCGGCGGCUCGUCCUCAUCAACACGCACGUCAGCUGGGACACGGUGCACGCGCUCACACGAAACACGCCCGAGCUGGCGGAGCUUUUUCUAUGCCUGAACGACUACCACAACGUGUCCCUUUCCUGCACAACCUGCCCGUCCCUCAACCUGCUGCAGAUCACCGACAACCACCUGCGCGACUGGGCGGAGGUACGCAAGUUCGGGCAGAUGUACCCCAGCCUCAGCGAACUGGUGCUGGCCAACAACAGCGUGGAGCACGUGGACGACACCCGGGAAGCGCUGCAGCGCCUCUUCCCCAACUUACGCUGCGUCAACCUCAACAACUCAGGGGUGAGUGAGUGGGAGGAUAUCGAGAGGCUGAAUUUCUUCCCCAAGCUUCAAGAAGUGAAAGUGAUGGGGAUUCCGCUGUUUAAGCCGUACAACACGCAAGAGCGCCGCAGCCUACUUUUAGCACAGUUGCCAAAUGUGUCGGUGCUGAACGGGGGUGCGGUGACUGACAACGACAGGGAAGCUGCUGAGAGGUUCUUCAUCCGCUACUACCAGGAGUGUCCGGAGCUGGAGCGUCCGCACAGGUACAACGAGCUGGUAUCCAAGUAUGGUCAACUGGCCCCAUUGGCCGACGUGGAUCUGACCCCCCGUUGCACGACGGUGGACGUCCGCUGGGGCGACCGAGUAGAGGCGGUAAGCCUCCGCCUGGAGUGGACGGUGGGCAACCUGAGGAAGCAGCUGAGGGCGCUUCUUCAGCUGCCCAACAACGGAAUUAGGCUCUUCUACAUCAGCCGAGAAAUGGCUGCCGUCGUGGGACCGGAGGAGUUGAAGUGCGGCUUCCGGGCGCUCCACUCGUACAGAAUUCGAGAUGGAGACGAGAUUCUCGUCGUGCCAAAGGUGAAAAACCGCUGUAGCUCCUCACAUCUUUGAUGUAGGACUUCUGGGUUUUGGGAUUGGUUGGUUUGCGUUGGGGAUUGGCAGGAUCUGAAUUUGUCAUGUUGUACAAGAAAAUGUUGGCGCUAAUUCAAGGGCCACUUGGGUUAGCAAGCAAGCUUAUCUCCCUGGGAAGCAGCCUUAGCUCGGGACAAGGGAAUCGGAACGGGUUGUGUAAGGCAGCUUGUGAAGCAAAAACUGCAAAAAGUUAAGCCUUGCAAGUUUUUGUUGCCUUGGCUAAAUGAAGCAGUUUACAUUGUGGAGACUUAAGGCACCAACCAAGAUGCUCAAAAGUUUUUUGUCAUUUGGGCUCAGGUGGCUGUUUGACAUGUUUUUGUUUGCAUGUGUACAAAGCUACUGAUUACACUCAACCUCAAUGACCCAGCCACGUGAUCAAAUUAAUUGCAAAAGCAUCCGGUCCACAAUUUGUGCGUCUCGCGGACUAAAUGGUAAGCAAACACCUGAUGGAGUGUCAGGUGACUUGGUGUGUAGCGGGAGGGGCGGCGACCAAACUCAAUGCCACCCUUCUUCCGUGGCCCUCACAAACCUGACACCUCGAGUGUCCGCUCUUUCACAGGAUGUAGGGUCAUGACCUCUCCCACUGGCUCACGUUGACGUUGGAAAAAAGUUCCGUUUACCUUUGAGUUUGAAGACUCCCUGAAAUGUCAGGAAAGUGAAAAUUUCGGGCAGCUCUGGUGGACAUUUUGGUCCAUAGUUGGUUAACACUAUCAUUGUUUUUCACUGGGUGUUGGUUUUCAUACAUUCUGACAUUUAUUUGUAAACGUGGAUAAAUUGUGACGCUCACAACACUGAGAAUUUAGUACGAUUUUAUACGAAUCUUAAUAUGUACUCGUGCCCCCCUCAACAAAAAAAAGAGACACUUGACCCAGAUUUGUAGUGUUUCAAUUAAUUACUAUUGUGAAAAUAAAACGCUGCUCUGAAAUGUUUGCUUACCUUUGAGUACAAGUUUUGAUAAAAUCUUUACAGCCUGACUUUGAGGACGAUUGGAAAUAUGGCCUUGUGUUGUCGUAGUGUAGUAAUUUCUACGUGCGGAAUGGAUGUUGUCAGUGAUGUGCCCCUUUUACAGCUCUGUGUAUCAUUUUGUUUUGGUUUCUUCUGAAGAAAUAAAUUAUAAUCUUGUCCUCUGUGA